AUGAAGCAAACCUAUCGCCUCUCGCCGUCCUUCGUCUUCUCCUCCGACUCGAUUGUUACUCAACAAAACCUAACUCAAAGCAAACCCUCCUUUGUAGAUCUGUUUCCAUCUCCGAAGAAGAAACAAAGAGCAUGUUGCCAGAGUUCUCAGGGGCAUUUCAACAAACAUGUUGCGCUCUUCAUUUUCGGUGAUUCAUUUUUCGAUUCCGGAAACAACAACUACAUAAAAACUACUCCGGACUUUCAAGCCAAUUUUUGGCCCUAUGGCGAAUCAUACUUCAAUCACCCAACUGGAAGAUUCUCCAAUGGCCGUCUCCUCCCUGAUUUCAUCGCUGAGUUUGCUGGAUUGCCUUUCAUCCCUGCAUAUCUCGACCCCCAUUACCAUAAUAGUGGAUUUCUGUAUGGAGCAAACUUUGCAUCAGGGGGAUCUGGUGCAUUAGUUGAAACCGAUGCGGGACUCGUAGUUGACCUCAAAACACAGCUACAAUAUUUCUCCGAUUUAGAGAAACAAUAUAGGCAGAAUUUAGGUGAUGCGAAAGCCAAUCAGCUGUUGUCCGAUGCUGUCUACUUGUUUAGCUGCGGAUGCAACGAUUAUUCAGUCCUCUUGAGCAACAAUGAGAGUAGUCGGCUUUAUGAGCGGUACGUUGAAAUGGUGAUCGGAAACCUGACUGAUGUCUUUAAGGAAAUCCAUGCAAAGGGGGGAAGAAAAAUUGGAAUCGGUACGGUCCCGGCAAUAGGCUGUUGGCCUAACACUCGUGCAGAAAGGCCAGACAAUACGUGCAACGAAGAGCUUAACAUCAUAGCAAAUCAACACAAUCAUGCACUUUUACAUAAAUUGCAAGAUCUAGGGCAACAAUUGGAAGGAUUCAUGUUUGCAAACUAUGAUAUCUCAACUGGCAUUACCAAACGGAUGAAAAACCCAUCAAAAUAUGGUUUUAAGGUUGGAGAUCGUGCAUGUUGUGGUAGUGGUCCUUUACGAGGGUUUUUUAGUUGUGGAGGAAAGAGAGGAAUACGAGAGUUUGAAUUAUGUGAUAAUCCUGAUGAUUAUCUCUUCUUCGACUCAUUACAUCCUAGUGAAGCCGCAGUUCGUCAGUUUGCAGAGUUGUUUUGGAAUGGAGAUUCCAAAUUCACAUCUCCCUACAAUUUUAAAACCUUGUUUCAAGCUGUAGGACCUCAAAAUAGGAGGCAUCCAGUCUACAAGCUCAGUUGA